AUGGCAGUGGAUGGACCAACAUUGCAGGUGCUACAUUGGAACGAUUUCAAAGACGCGGUGUCAGACCAAAACAAUGCGAAAGCAAUGGUGGACUCAGCCUAUGCCGCAUAUUUCUCGUCACAGCGAACCCAGGAUGAACACCAGGAUGCAGGAUCUCGAAAGCCGUCUCCCAACGGCAAAAAGGGCCAUGCAUAUUACUAA